CCCACACCCUCCCCGAUUGCAAACCACAGAGCUGCCUGCAACACACACACGCUCGCAGAGGGAGCGAGAAAAGCUAGAGGGAGAGAGGGGAGAGGAGCUUGCAGCCAAAGCAGCUUCUCAGCAGAACGGCUACAUUGCACAAGCUGCUUUCUCGGAGGAGCUCAGUGGAAGAAAGCUUUGGGAUUUUAUUUUAGAUCCACUUUUUUUUUUUUUUUAAAUUUUGUUUUCUUUGGCUUUCCCCUGCCUCUUGAUCAUUUGCAACAACAGCAACAACAACAACAAAAAAAAGUGACUUUGCAUUGACGAUUCGGCCUCCUGUUCAUUGAGGAAAAAAAGGAAAGUGUGUGUGUGAGAGACUGAUUUCUUUUUAGGAGCAAAGAAAAAUCACCCCAAUCCGGAGAGGUGUUUUUAUUAUUAUUAUUAUAGUAUAUACGCGCACACACGUAUUUUAUAAUCGAUCUGGGGAGAGGGACCUAACUUUGCUCUGGACUUUUUACAUGGUGAACAUUCGUACUCUAAUUUGCAAGUUGGACUAAAGCAGAGUUUGGAAAAGAAUUUUUUUUUGCUUUAGGGCUGGAUUUAUUUGCAAACCGCAGGAAGAAGAAAAUACAAGAGAGAGAGGGAUUUGGUGCAGCGCCGCGAUCACGGUAUAAUUGGAGACAUUGUGUGGUCCUUGUAAGAAGCUUGGUUCCUGCUUGGGUUUUAAUUGUAAAAUAUUGUUCUGGAUUUUUGUACAGGAUUUCAGAUGUGUUCUAAGCCUGCCGGGGUGAGCACGCUUCCGGGCACUGAUGGAGACGAGAGCUCAGCACGGCAGCGGGUCGCAGGCCUUGCUACAGGCUCGGCGUGACAGUGGGAGACCGCACGGGGAGCCCGACCUGCGGGAUGUCCUGACGCAGCAGGUUCACGUCUUGUCGCUGGACCAGAUCAGAGCCAUCCGAAACACGAAUGAGUACACGGAGGGACCGACGGUGGCUCCGCGGCCGGGGGUCAAGUCCGCUCCUCGGCUAGCAACCCAACCCAAAAAUGAAAGGCCCCAUGGCUUGCCCGAGCAUCGUCAUUUUAGCCGGAUUCAGCACACGCAAACGCACGCCUCUCCUCGGGCACCUCUGUCCCGGUCCAUCAGCACGGUCAGCACAGGUUCGCGGAGCAGUACAAGGACAAGUACGAGCAGUAAUUCAUCUGAACAAAGACUUCUCGGAUCAUCUUCGGGGCCGGUCGCUGACGGGAUAGUCCGAAUGCAGCCCAAGUCUGAGCUCAAGUCAGGCGAGCUGAAGCCGCUGAGCAAAGACGACUUGGGAGCGCACAGCUACAGGUGCGAGGACUGUGGGAAGUGUAAGUGUAAGGAGUGCACGUACCCGAGGACCCUCCCAUCGUAUUGGAUCUGUGACAAGCAGUGUCUUUGUUCCGCCCAGAACGUGGUCGAUUAUGGGACUUGCGUUUGCUGCGUGAAGGGCCUCUUCUAUCACUGCUCUAACGAUGACGAGGACAACUGCGCCGACAACCCCUGCUCCUGCAGCCAGUCGCAUUGCUGCACGAGGUGGUCCGCCAUGGGUGUGGUGUCCCUCUUUCUGCCUUGCUUGUGGUGUUACCUACCAGCCAAGGGUUGCCUUAAGUUGUGCCAGGGCUGUUACGACCGGGUAAAUCGGCCUGGGUGCCGCUGUAAACACUCCAACACCGUCUGCUGCAAAGUUCCCAGCGUCCCCCCCAGGAACUUUGAGAAGCCAACAUAGCAUCGCUAGUCAGAAAUACUAAAGUUAACGAGGAUUAUUUUAACGUGCAUAUGCAACCAACUUAAGCAGCUAUGGUCUUGGCACUGUAGUAGAAGGGUUGGGGAUGUGCGUUGCUGUGUGCAGUGAAAUGCUUUUCUCCGUGUGUGCCAUCUUAACUGAUACGCUUGUUAGAAUCCAGCUAGUGGGAUACGGGAAAAAAAAAAAAAAAAGCAAAAA